UUUGUGUAUAACCUACUCCAGAAUAUAUUAGUUUUUAUGGAAAUGCACAGAUAAACUUUUAUCAAUUUACAAUAGGAUAUAAAAAUUAUAAACAUACGAAUGCAACAGAAUGUGUUCUUAGUUGAAUAUUUCAAUUAUCCUUUACCUUGAAUUUGACACUGUUUGGACUUUGUCCUUCAAAAUUCAUCUUUAAACCAAUCAACAGCAUUCCUGCUGUGAUACGUGAAUUAAAUUCUUUCAUUUAACAGAUAAGAAGGCAUAAAAAUGUUAAAAGUCAUACCAAAACAAAGUUUUGUGCAUAUUAGCCGGCAUUUAGUUCGAAGUUAUUCGAUGGAGCAAAAGUUGGUUGUAAAUGGUCAAACUAUAAAUUACGUACGCCAGGGUAAUGGUGACCAUCCAGUUCUGUGUUUUCCCGGUGCGUUAGGGACCAUCUGGAGCGAUUUUAAACCACAAAUUGAAAAAUUAGACAAAAAUAAAUUUACUGUUAUUGCCUGGGAUCCACCGGGUUAUGGGCAUAGUAGACCUAAUGAUCGUCAAUUUAAAAUAGAUUUCUAUGAGAAAGAUGCCGAAAUGGCACAUGAAUUUAUGAAAGUUUUAAAUGUCGGCAAAUAUUCGGUGUUGGGAUGGAGCGAUGGCGGUAUUGCAGGGAUGAUAAUGGCUGCCAAAUACAAAGAAUCAAUUAGAAAGUUAGUUAUUUGGGGUGCCAAUUCUUAUGUCCUACCAGAAGAGCUCAAAAGUUACGAGAAAAUCCGCGAUAUAAGCAAAUGGAGUGAUAAAAUGAAGAAACCUUUGAUUGAGCUAUACACCGAACCAGGUUUACAAAAAAUGUGGGGUGAUUGGUGUGACGCACUCCAAGCAAUUUAUAAACAAAACAAUGGAGACAUUUGUAAAGAACUAAUCAAAGAAAUAAACUGUCCUACAUUCAUACUGCAUGGAAAUAAAGAUCCAAUGGUUGCUGAGGAACAUCCUGCAUAUUUAGAGAAGCACAUCAAAGGCUCCAAAUUGCAUCGUUUUCCGGAUGGUAAGCACAACAUUCACCUGCGUUACGCUGAUGAAUUCAACGACCUUGUAACUAAGUUCCUUGUGAACUAAAACUGAAUAUUUCCCUUGAGUGUGUUAAGAAAUAUAUUUUUUAUAUAUAAAAAGACGCUCAAAUGUAAAUGCCGCUUAAAUAUUAAUGUUAACGUACGCGUGAAGUGAAAUUUUACUCGCUAAUUACAUUCUUGCGAUGAAUGAAGCUCAAAAAAAUGAUGGGUGUUGGUUGUGUAAUUAUUUGUUAAUACAAAUGAUGAGUUAAAAGUUAAA